AAUUUCCCAAUUAGGAUUUUCCCAUAUAUAUUGAACCUUCCUCACUCCCUCCUUCCUCAACAUUUCCAUCCUCCUUCUUCAAGUCUCUCUAUCUCUAGAUUUUGUUCAUCUUUUUCCUUUUAUGUACGCAAAGACAAGCAGUAACUAACAAAGAAAACAACUCCUCAUUUCAAACCAACCUAUAAUAUUUCACUGGAUGUUCUUAUCAUUUCUCAGUUUACAGCUUGUCAUCUUCUACUUCCACUUCUUUUAAUCACUAAUUAAGCCACUAGCUCGGUAAGAAUGGAGAAAAAUAGUACCAUCAUAUCUUGGGAGAAAAAAACUUUCAUAAUCAAUGAGUUAAGCCAUGCAAAAGAGCACCUGAAACAACUAGAGAUGCAUCUUGAUCCAUCUGCUAUUACAAAUGGGAAGUUACUGAUAACUAAAAUCCUAUCUUCUGUCGAAAUUUCUCUUUUCAUGUUGAAUGGAAUCAAGCCAGAAGGUAAUGUUAGUGAUAAACCUCAUCAAAUGACACCAAUUACUCUGACACCAAUCACACGGACUGAGUCGCCACCAUGCUCCGUCACCGGAAGCCCACUUAGCGAUUACGACUCCGAUCUCAUGGCCGACUACUCCAAAAAGAGAAAAACUCUACCAAGAUGGACGGAAAAAGUGCGUGUCAGCGAACAGAUGGGACUUGAAGGACCUCCAGAUGACGGAUACAGCUGGAGAAAGUACGGGCAAAAGGACAUUCUUAAUGCAAACUAUCCAAGGGGGUAUUACAGAUGCACACAUAGAAAUGUUCAAGGAUGUUUAGCAAUGAAACAAGUUCAACGAAUCGACGGAGACCCAUCAACGUUUAACAUUACGUACCGAGGAAGACACACUUGUAUUCAAGCUUCACAUCUACAACCAGGGCAACAACACAAGAAACAUGAUCAAAAACAAAAUAAAUCGAAAGAAGCACCCAUUAAUUAUCAAACAAGUUGUCAUGUUAAAGCAGAAAAUUUCGGUACGACACAAGAAGUAGUACUCGGAACAUCUUCAUUCUCAUUUCCUUCUGCUUCAACACCCAUUCCAUGUAUGGAGAAAGAAAACAACAACAACAUUUUCUGCUCAUUGACACCUGAUAAUUACUUCAUGGGUAGUCUUUUUGCCUCUCAGUUCUUUUCUCCAACAGCUUACGAAUCCAAUAACUUAUCUACUUACGGUCAUACUCUACAAACGUCAGAAUAUGAUGUUAAUGAGCUCAUUUCAGCUGCAACUUUAGAUAUGUGUUCUCCAUUUCAAGAUUUAGACUUGGAUAUCCCUAUGGAACCUAUACAAUCUGGUUCACAUUACCCAAUUGAUAUUUCGAGCUUUUUCGUUUGACUUGCAUCGACACUACUUAAGAAACUUGCAACAGUAAAGGCUGAUGCUUGGAAGCUUUUGAGGUGGAAACUACUGAGAGUUAGGAUUAAGAUUAAUAAAAUUAAUUGUAAAAGAUCUAGUUUUUGCAUUUCUGUAAUUCAUUAUUCAUUUACUAAUAUAUUCAUUACUUUUGUCAAA